GCGAUGCGAUGGAUCGCUGCUAGGCGCCGACGUCGAGCAUUGUGGACUGGAUUAUUGCUGCAUCACCUCGCUCGUCUACCACUCAGCAUUCAGCAUUCAGUAUUCGCCAUUCAGCACUCGCCAUUCGUGCACAGCCUAUCCAGCUGUGCCCGGAGUCGAGUCGGGAUUGACUCGAGCUGGGAGGGGGGUCGAUUGACAAGUUGACAGGUCGGUUGCGCACACGACGUGACACGAGCAUCGCCAAUCCAUGAGCUCAGCUUGUAUAUCGUAUGGGAUGUCCAGUGUGCCAGUGUGCGAAUUGUGUACUGGAUGUGCAUCAAUCACGAGAAAGCCACCAUGGCAUGGCAAGGUCUUCCUUUCCACGCCCCGUCUGACGCGUCGUCGUCGUCGGUCGCUUGUCGCAGGGUUGGCAUUUACACUUUUUGGGGAUGGAUCUCUUUUUAUCGAUUGCUCGGGAACGCUCUGUCCAGUCAGCCAGCCAGCCAGUAGUACCCAGUCGCAGGGGUCCGUUGACGAUAAUUGUUCUUUACUUCUGCUUGGCUGUGUGCUUGCUGGUACCUGGUACUGUACCUUUUUCUUUUCUUCUUGCCUGCAGACGCCACACCCGGAUGCUGCUUAUGCUAAUGGUUAUCGUCAUCAACCACCCUUGUCGCCGCCGGACGGGCUGCGGUACGGCGGCCAUCGACAAGCUGCCGGCUGUAGAUAGUUAGAUGAUAGAUUGGCAGUAAUUAGGUAGUAAGACUG